AUGGAGGCUACCGAAGUUCACCAAACCACCGUUCCGGCCGAUGAGCCCAUGACCGAUGCCUACGUCGACACCAUGGGCGAGCAAGAGCCUAUGGAUGCCACUCCGAAGACAGAGGAAGAAUACGCGCAGUCGAUGCUGACUCUGCGCGCUAUUGUCUCAUCCAAGGAGGCCGGUGUCAUCAUUGGUAAGGCCGGCAAAAAUGUCGCAGACCUCCGCGACGAGACUGGCGUGAAGGCUGGGGUUAGCAAGGUCGUCCCCGGCGUCCACGACCGAGUCCUGACCGUGACUGGUCCCCUUCAAGGCACCGCUCGCGCCUACGCGAUCGUUGCGAAGGGUCUCCUGGAGGGUGCUCCGCAGAUGGGUAUGGGUGGCGUCGUCUCCAACAAUGGGACCCACCGUAAGUCGUCCUAUGUCCCCUCUACUACUCUUCCCCAGGGAUCUGGCAAUCCCCCCCAGAAGGCCUCGUCGCCGUAUGUGAAACAACCACAUUCAUAUCAGCCAACCCUGGCUCCCACCGGCGGAAGAAAACCCAAUUCACGUGCUAACUUUCCUCAAGCCGUCCGGCUCCUCAUUUCCCACAACCAGAUGGGCACCAUCAUCGGUCGACAGGGCUUGAAGAUCAAGCACAUUCAGGAUGCGUCCGGCGUUCGCAUGGUUGCCCAGAAGGAAAUGCUUCCUCAGUCUACCGAGCGCAUUGUUGAGGUUCAGGGCACCCCCGAUGGUAUUGAGAAGGCUGUCUGGGAGAUUGGCAAGUGCUUGAUCGAUGACUGGCAGCGCGGCACCGGCACCGUUCUUUACAACCCUGCUGUUCGCGCCUCUCUGGGUGGUUCUCAGCCUGUUCAGCAGAGCAACAACUCAGUCGGCACUGGCAAUGGUUAUACCAGCCGUCAGUACAACCGCACUGGUAACGGCGCUGACUUCAGUGACAAUGGUGGCUACAGUCGCCGCUCCAACUCCGAUGCCGGCGCUGGUGGUGGCGGUGCUCGUGGAUACCCUCUGGUCACCGAGGAUGGCGAUGAAAUCCAGACUCAAAACAUCAGCAUUCCCGCCGACAUGGUUGGCUGCAUCAUCGGUCGCGCUGGUAGCAAGAUCACCGAGAUCCGUCGGAGCUCUGGAGCCCGCAUCUCGAUUGCUAAGGCCCCUCACGAUGAGACUGGCGAGCGCAUGUUCACGAUCAUGGGCAGUGCCUCCGCUAACGAGAAGGCCUUGUAUCUUCUCUAUGAGAACCUCGAAGCAGAGAAGACUCGCCGCAGCCAGCUGCCCCAGGAGUAA